CAUUUUAGCUCCAUCUAUGAACCUGCUGCAUAAAAUCUAGGAACCCCGACACUGUGGAAAUGCGUCCUUGCAGCUCUCACUGAAUCAGUAGGUUAGGGGCUGCGCUACCUACGAUGAUGACAGGUCCAGGCUGUCUGAGCACCGCGCGGAGCUGCGCCCGGUCUCCGCUAUUGGCACAGGGAUGGUGCUCACACGCUGUGCAAGCUUCGCACCAUCGGUCCAGCGCGCACUCGGCCCUGCCUGGUCUUGCCGCGCCGGCCCUUGCACAGCAGGGCGUGCCCCGGGCACUCUUGCCGACUGACGGUGAGCACCUAACCCUCGCUGCGCGCGCGCGCAUCGUCCAUGAGCUCCCAUCAAUCUCUCUCCCGGAGCUGGGGCAUGAAGCCAGUGUGACCGUGGAGGACCCAAUGUUGGAAGUGGAGGCGCUCAUUGUGGCCCACGAAGCUGGGUUAGCUAGCGCUCAGUCGGCCGCUGUGCCGCAGCAUGCGGUGGCAGGCGUGGCAAGUCCGGCCCAGGAGGCGGACUGCGCAGACUCUGCAACAGCUCGCAGCAGUGGCACUGCCAGCACCAGCAGCUGCAAUAGCAGCAGCGGAAGCAGCCAAAGCACAGCAGAGUUAUCCGGUCGUCGGCGCGGCGCCGCGCGGUCAACGCCCAGUCGCACGAGGGGGAGAGGCGGUGGCGGCAGCGGGGCAGCCCCAGCAGCACUGCCGUCGGGCGCGCGGACAGGUGCCGCCGCAUCCAAACCAGCAAACACGAAACCAGCACCGGUGGCUGCACCGCCAGCAUCUGCAGCGGCAGACAGCGCCGCCGCAGCGGCACCCGUGGCGCUGAGCGUGGAGGGCGCUGCAGCCCUGGCGGACCUGCAGGGCAGGACACCAAGCCUGGCAGCCGUGGACUCGGCGCAGCUUGGCCAGCGGCUGGCGGCACUAGCGACGCUUUUAAAGCUCGGCACGGAUGUUGCGGCGAUGCCGCUGUGCGAGGCGGUGCCUGGGCUGCUGCUACAGGAGCCGGCGGCGCUAGACCGCAGCUGGCGGCGGUUGCGGCACGCUGUGGCGGGGACGGACGACCAGGUGCGGCGGGCCAUCUGUGCCGCGCCGCUGUUGCUGCUGCUACCCUCGUCGCGCGUGUCGCAGGUCAGCGGGGUGCUGGCCACGGCGCUGGGCGUGCCGCAGCAGCGCGCGCGGUCGCUCAUCCGCGAUGUGCCGGCCCUAUUUGCAAUGCCGCCGGCAACGUUGAGCGAGAAGCUCACAGGCCUGGAGCACCUGCUCUGUUGCUGCAGCAGCACGGGCGGGAAUAGCGGGUGCAGCAUAGCCAGAACGGCCAGCAGCAAUGGCACGGGCAGCAGCACUAGCACCAGCAGCGCAGCCCCUGGCAGCGCCGUCGGCACCAGCGCGACGGCCAAGGCAGCAUCAGCGGCGCCCAAGCGGCCAGGGGCUGCCUCCGCUAGCCCAGCCGGUGCAGCGAAAGCCGCGGCGCCAACACCCCGCACCGCGUCGCAGCACGUGCUGGAGCAGGCGGUGCUGCGCGCGCCGCGGCUGCUCACCUUCCGCACUGCCACGUUGCAGUCGCACGCGGCGCAGCUGGCGCUGAUGCUGGGCGGCCCCGGCCGCGUGAGCGUGCUGCUGCGCUCUGACCCCGCGCUCCUGGAGCGCAGCCCCGCCUCGCUGGCUGCCAAGAUGGCGCUGCUGCGGGAGCUACUGGGCUGCGCGCACCAGCCCGCCGCGGUGGCGGUGCUGGUGGGCCGGGCGCCGGGGCUGCUGCACCGCUCCGCCAGCGCACUGGCGCGCGGCUGCCGCUCGCUGUCCAUCUGGAGCCUCAGCCCGCGCACCAAGCUGCGCAUGGCGCUGGCGCGGCCCGGGCUGCUGCAGCUGGGCUGGCGCGAGCUGCACGGGCGCUGCCGCUGGCUGCGGCGGCUGAUUCUGUCCAACGGCUACUACCACGCGGCGCUGCGGCGGCUGCCGCCCAGCCUGCUGGCGGCACUGGUGGCAGCCCUGCCCGGUUGCUGGGCGCGGCUGCAGUACCUAGCGGACAGCAACCAGGAGGGCGCGCUGCCGCUGAUGGAGGCGGUGGAAUGUGAGCAGGCGGCGUUUGAGGCGCGGCAUCCAGAGUUCGCGAAGUGGUAUUCGUGGAAGGUGAAGCAGAUGGGUACCGACAACCCCUGGCGCGGCGCCCGCCGUGUGCGCGGCAUCGGCUCCGCCCCUGCAGCGGCCACAGGCGUCAAGCCGCGCCGGUCUUACGCCCGGCGGAACGGGCAGCAGCAGUCGCAGCAGGCGGGCACGGACCAGCAACCCACCGUGCCGGUGGUGCUGACGGAGGCGGGCAUGGUGCGCAGCGGCGGCGCCACUGUGAACCGCCCGCGCCGCGUGGUGCAGCAGCGGCUAAACGAGCCGGCGGAGGGGGAGGCGGCAGCCCUAGUGGAUGUGGUUGAGCCCGCUAUGGCGGGGUCUGCGGCCACUGCCAAUGACGGCGAUGUGGUGGCGGUUGACCAGCCGGCGGCUGCGGCCCCGCGUGAGGGCGCGGCGCCGGACUCGCCGCGGCGGAGGAGCCGGCGGUAGCUGUGCAUGUGGCUUUACUGUGCACACGGAAUGCUGUAUGUGUGUGGGGCCGGCUGGGUCAGGUUGCACUACAGCGUUUUAGGCUGGUUGCGCUCACUGUUCUGGUUACGGGGCGCUAGGAGGCCAGGCAUAGCAGCGGCACACGCGCUUUGUUCGCGGCUGCCAACGUCGUGGCUGGAAAUGGAAGCUGCACGACGUGAGGCACAUGCAAGGCGGCGUGCAGAUGGAGUGGUUAUGGGGUUCUGGGCUGUACGACAACGAACAGGACUCGUCCGGCACCGGAGGCCGCAGCGGCGCGAGUGGGGAGCGGAUUUGAUGCGGCGGUGCGGGAGCGGAAGCGACACACUGCCUCGGGGGGCACUCUAGCGGUGCCGCUUGAUGGCCCCAGGCUGGGCCAAGAUUGAUAAGCUGUUUGGAAGACUUGCAUGGCACAGGGGAGGUAGGCAUGCAACAUGUAACAUUAACUGUGC